UGGUCACUAGGCAAGUCUUAUGACCACAGAAUCAGUGGCGGAAGUAGUAGUCACUCCAUCGAGCUACAUGUCCGUACACGCUAUCGCAGACAAAACGACCCGACGCCCAAAUAACAACGCCAAUACCGGUACGUCCGAUGCGAAUACCGGUACAGCCCACCCCCCAGGCCGAACUUCGGGGUCGCCCGUUCCCCCGCCAAAAAGCAAUGCACACGUGCGUCUAGGAUGGUCGCAGUCUUAUGCGCUGCACCAAGGGCCGGUGGGGUAUGACCACUUCAGCUACUCAUACCGGGACAAAAGCGGGUCCAAGUUCCACCGGAGUCUGGGGCAGCCCUAUGGCGAGGCGUAUGAGACAGGCGAUGUCAUUGGGUGCCUGAUACAUAUGCCGGACUACACACUGAGCGAAGAUCUUUUCAACUCUGCGCUGACCAUCGUAAAUCCAGGGAAACAGCAUGACAUCGACCCACUGAAUACUGAAAUGCUUAUAGUGGACUUCAAAGGCAUACCAUACUAUCAAAUCACAGACGAGCUGGAUAGAAGUCUCAAAGCCUUAGAGCCUGUUGAGGGGAGGUGA